CGGCGGGCGCUGCGCCUGCGCCGGGCCGCGCGUCACUGACGCACCGUGCGUGGGCACGUCGGUGCGUGCGUCCCCACCCCCCGGCCCGGUAACCGGGGAAGUGGCGGCGGCGGCGGCUGCGCUACAUCGGGGGCAUCAUGAAUUGGAAUAAAGGUGGACCUGGCACGAAGAGAGGCUUUGGCUUUGGUGGCUUUGCCAUAACACCUGGCAAGAAGGAGGAGCCCAAGCUGUCUCAGCAGUCCCACAGCGCCUUCGGCACCGCCGGCUCCUCGGCAGCGUUCGCCAAGUCGGGGCCUCCUCAGCUGCCUUCCUUCUACAAAAUUGGCUCAAAGAGGGCCAAUUUUGAUGAGGAGAACGCGUACUUUGAGGAUGAAGAGGAAGAUUCCAGCAAUGUGGAAUUGCCCUACAUUCCUGCAGAGAAUUCCCCCACUCGGCAGCAGUUCCAUUCCAAAUCAGCAGACUCUGACAGCGAUGAUGAUCCUCUGGAGGCAUUCAUGGCUGAAGUGGAGGAUCAAGCUGCUCGAGACAUGAAGAGACUUGAAGAUAAAGACAAAGAAAAAAAGAACGUUAAGGGUAUUCGAGAUGACAUUGAAGAGGAAGAUGACCAAGAAGCAUAUUUUCGCUACAUGGCAGAGAACCCCACUGCUGGAGUGGUGCAGGAGGAGGAAGAGGAUAACCUGGAGUAUGACAGUGACGGGAAUCCGAUUGCACCAUCCAAAAAAAUCAUUGAUCCUCUUCCACCUAUUGACCAUUCAGAGAUUGAAUAUCCACCAUUUGAGAAAAAUUUCUAUGAUGAGCACGAGGAGAUCACCAGCCUGACCCCGCAGCAGGUGGUGGAGUUACGGCACAAGCUGAACCUCCGGGUCUCCGGGGCUGCUCCUCCAAGGCCUGGCAGUAGUUUUGCUCAUUUUGGGUUUGAUGAGCAACUUAUGCAUCAGAUUAGGAAAUCUGAGUAUACCCAACCCACUCCAAUACAAUGUCAGGGUGUUCCAGUGGCACUAAGUGGCAGAGACAUGAUUGGGAUAGCCAAGACUGGAAGUGGGAAAACAGCCGCCUUCAUCUGGCCAAUGCUGAUCCACAUCAUGGAUCAGAAGGAGCUUGAACCAGGGGAUGGUCCCAUUGCAGUGAUUGUCUGCCCAACCAGGGAGCUCUGCCAGCAGAUCCACUCCGAGUGCAAGCGCUUUGGCAAGGCCUACAACCUGCGCUCCGUGGCCGUGUACGGAGGAGGCAGCAUGUGGGAGCAAGCCAAGGCCCUGCAGGAGGGGGCAGAGAUCGUGGUCUGCACACCAGGUCGUCUGAUUGAUCAUGUGAAGAAGAAAGCUACAAACCUGCAGAGAGUCACUUACCUUGUGUUUGAUGAAGCUGACAGAAUGUUUGAUAUGGGGUUUGAGUACCAGGUCAGAUCAAUCGCAAGCCACGUACGUCCUGACAGACAGACCCUCCUGUUCAGUGCCACGUUCCGUAAGAAGAUUGAGAAGUUGGCUCGGGAUAUUCUGAUCGACCCAAUUCGGGUUGUGCAGGGAGACAUUGGAGAGGCAAAUGAAGAUGUCACUCAGAUUGUGGAGAUUUUCCCCUCGGGGCCCAGCAAGUGGAACUGGCUGACGCGGCGCCUGGUGGAGUUCACGUCCUCCGGCAGCGUCCUCCUCUUCGUCACCAAGAAAGCCAACGCAGAGGAGCUGGCCAAUAACCUCAAGCAGGAGGAUCAUAACCUGGGGCUGCUCCAUGGGGACAUGGACCAGAGCGAGAGGAACAAAGUCAUUUCGGAAUUUAAGAAAAAGGGCAUCCCCAUCCUGGUAGCUACUGAUGUGGCAGCUCGAGGGUUGGAUAUCCCUUCCAUCAAGACUGUCAUCAACUACGACGUGGCUCGGGACAUAGACACGCACACGCACCGCAUCGGCCGCACCGGCCGCGCCGGGGAGAAGGGGGUGGCCUACACUCUGCUGACCCCCAAGGACAGCAACUUCGCUGGUGACCUCGUCAGAAACCUGGAGGGUGCCAACCAGCACGUCUCCAAAGAGCUGCUGGAUUUGGCAAUGCAGAAUCCGUGGUUCCGGAAAUCCCGUUUUAAAGGAGGGAAGGGCAAGAAGCUGAAUAUUGGUGGUGGUGGCUUGGGAUACCGUGAACGCCCCGGGCUGGGCUCAGAAAAUACUGACCGUGGAAACAACAACAGUGUGAUGAGCAACUAUGAGGCCUACAAGCCAUCCACAGGGGCCAUGGGGGACAGGCUGACAGCAAUGAAAGCAGCUUUCCAGUCCCAGUACAAGAGUCACUUUGUUGCUGCAAGUUUAAAUAACCAAAAGACUGGGAGCUCUGCUGCUGGUGCCAGUGGCUGGACCAGCGCCGGGAGCCUGAACUCCGUCCCGACGAGUUCAGCGCAGCAAAACGCCGCCAGUGCCGAGAGCCCCAUGGCAGCCACCGCGGCGGCGAAGGGAGUGCCCGGCUUCACCAGCACGGGCAGCCUGAGCAGCGUCCCCUCCUUCCCCAGCCCCGGAGCACAGGGCUUCAACAGCGCCAAUGCCAGCACCAACAGCCGGGAGGGCGGCGGCACUGUCAGGGAGCGGUACAACGACAGCCGGAACAGUCGGCACGGAGAGGCCCCGCGGCGCGCCGAGGGCGGUGGUGGCCGAGGGGAGGGUGGUGGUGGCCGAGGGGAGGGUGGUGGUGGCGGCCGAGGGGAGGGCAGCAGUGGUGGCCGAGGAGAGGGCGGUGGUGGCCGAGGGGACGGCGGCGGUAGUGGCCGCUUCAGCGAGGGCCAGCGCUUCAACGAUGGCCAACGUUUCAACGAUGGCCAACGCUUUAAUUUUGCUGUGCGUUUCAGUGAUGGUCAACGCUUCAAUGAUGGCCAACGUUUCAACGAUGGCCAGCGCUUCAGUGAUGGCCAACGCUUCAGCGAGGGCCAACGCUUCAACGAUGGCCAGCGCUUCAACGAUGGCCAACGCUUCAGCGAGGGCCAACGCUUCAACGAUGGCCAGCGCUUCAACGAUGGCCAACGCUUCAGCGAGGGCCAACGCUUCAACGAUGGCCAGCGCUUCAACGAUGGCCAACGCUUCAGCGAGGGCCAACGCUUCAACGAUGGCCAGCGCUUCAACGAUGGCCAACGCUUCAGCGAGGGCCAACGCUUCAACGAUGGCCAGCGCUUCAACGAUGGCCAACGCUUCAGCGAGGGCCAACGCUUCAACGAUGGCCAGCGCUUCAACGAUGGCCAACGCUUCAGCGAGGGCCAACGCUUCAACGAUGGCCAGCGCUUCAACGAUGGCCAACGCUUCAGCGAGGGCCAACGCUUCAACGAUGGCCAGCGCUUCAACGACGAUGGCCAACGCUUCAGCGAUGGCCAACGCUAUGAUGGCCAACGUUUCAACGAGGGCCAACGCUACAACGAGGGCCAGCGCCACAGCGAAGGCGGUGGCCGGCACAGUGACCCCUCCCGGCACGGCGACGUCCAUCGCCACGGCGAGGGCCGGCACUUCACCGACGUGCCGGGCGGCAACCGCAACAACAGUGACAGCAGGAACAGCACCGAGGGGAGGAACAGCGAGAGCAGGAAUGGAGAGAACAGGAAGGAGGCCAACAGCCGGGACAACAAGACAGAUGGUUUUGCUGUCCCAGAGCCCCCAAAACGGAAGAAGAGCCGGUGGGACAGUUAAAGGCUGGGGGUUCACAGCCUGGAAUCUCUGCAGGUAGUGGUGUUGUUUUCCAGAGGAUUUCUUGGGGUUUCUGGUAACUGGUUGUUGAGCAGCUGGGGCAGGAGAAGGAAACCAUGAGAACCCCCAUGCAAGUUCAUCUGCGGACAGAUUCAUGCACACAACACUUAGCGAAAGAAAUCAUUUUGAUAAAGCUCCCUGGGUUCUGCUUUGAAACUUUCAGUGCUCGAGUGACUCUGCUGGAUUUAAACAGAUCUUCUUGACAAAGAGAAGCUGUUCCACAUCCUUGGAACGUUAAGAAACUGUUGUCCAUAGAAGUAUAAAUUAGUCUUUUCUUAACCAGCGUUCACAUUUACAAACCAGUCCAGUCCACCUAGAGAUGCUCAGGACCUGCCUGUUAGACAUUAAUCUUGCAGCAGUUUGGUCAGUAUGGUGAGUUCUUCCUCCAUCUCCUUUUCACAUAUUCUCCCCAAAUAAUUUGGUCUCCAGGUUCCCCGUUUCCUCUCUCCCCAUCAACUAAGAAUGUAUCAAUUUGCUUUGCUGAAGGUGGGGCAGAGCAAGUUGAUUUCAUUUUUUGGUUGUUUUUGUUUUUUGGGUUUUUUUUAAUUUUGCUGUGUGUGGAGCUGUUCAAGGGAUCCUUCUCCAUCCCAGCAAACCACAAAUUCACUUGUAGUGUAGGUUGGACUCCCUGGCUUGUUUGUGGUCAGUACUUUAAUUCCAAUCCCUUUGCCCAGAUAUUUUUUUUAAGAACCUUCUGUUUUCGAAGAUCCUUCAUUCUGGUGGAAGCCUGCAUAGCAAACCUGUGUCUCUGCUGUGCCUAUGCACCCUCUGUUCUGAGAGGGUUGAGUGCUUUCUUCAAAUUAAAAACAAAAAAGGGAAGACAAUGUAGAUAGACCACAACAAUCAGAGGCUGGAGCCCCCCAGUAAGUGUGGCUAAAGGAAGAACAUUCAGAAAUUCAGGGAUCUGUUGCUCAGAAGCCUUUAGGGAGAACUCAGAAAACAAUUAGUGAGAAGAAACAGCUCAAAUCUGGCCUUGUUUUGGACACAUGUAGUAAAUCUGUAAAAUCUUACUUGCCCAUUUUUAACUCAUUGUGUGUAUUCCCAUUUUUUUAACUUCUUUUUUUUUUUUUUUUGCCACAAGGUAGGGAAGAACUUUUCAGUUGGGACAUGUCAGCACCCACCGCUGGCUCGUUUCCACUGGAAGAUGUACCAGAAGCUGUCAGGGUUUUGUGACAUUGUGAUGUUUUCUUUAUCAGCUGUGCAUUUACUUUCUGCUUGCUCUAGUAAAUGUUUUAUUACUGGUACAAAAA